CGCCAUGAACCGCGGCGGGGCGGCGGCGGCGCCCGCCUUCCCCGGGCCCGUGCAGUUCCCCGGCAGCACCACGGUGCUGGUGGAGCUGACGCCCGACAUCCACAUCUGCGGCAUCUGCAAGCAGCAGUUCAACAACCUGGACUCCUUCGUGGGGCACAAGCAGAGCGGCUGCCAGCUCACCAGUGCCGCAGCCGGCGCCACCAGCACCGUCCAGUUCGUGUCCGAGGAGACCGUGCCAAGCACGCAGGCUCAGAGCACAAGCAGGACCAUCGCCUCCGAGACACAAACCAUCACAGUUUCUGCCCCAGAGUUUGUUUUUGAGCAUGGCUACCAAACCUACCUGCCCAGCGAGAGCACGGAGCCUCCAGCUGCUGCCGUCGUCUCUACACCACCAAAAGCAAGGUCCAAGAAAUCCUCAUCCUCGCUGCCUCUGAAGAAACUCAGCUGCCUGUACCCAGGCUGCCAGUUCAAGACUUCCUAUGGAAUGAAGGAUUUGGAGCGUCAUCGGCGAACACACACAGGAGACAAGCCCCACAAGUGCGAGGUGUGUGGCAAGUGCUUCAGCCGCAAGGACAAGCUGAAGAUGCACAUGCGCUCGCACACGGGCGUGAAGCCCUACAAGUGCAAGCACUGCGAGUACGCGGCGGCCGACAGCAGCAGCCUCAACAAGCACCAGCGCAUCCACUCCAACGAGCGCCCCUUCAAGUGCCAGAUCUGCCCCUACGCCAGCCGCAACUCCAGCCAGCUCACCGUGCACCUGCGCUCGCACACAGGAGACGCCCCUUUCCAGUGCCAGAUGUGCCCCGCCAAGUUCAAGAUCAACUCGGACCUGAAGCGGCACCUGCGGGUGCACUCGGGGGAGAAGCCCUACAAGUGCGAGUUCUGCGAGGUGCGCUGCGCCAUGAAGGGCAACCUGAAAUCCCACGUGCGCAUCAAGCACGGCACGGAGAACACCCUCAAGUGCCCCGAGUGCGACUUCCAGUGCGGCAACAAGACCAGCCUGCGGCACCACAUCCGCGGCCACCAGCCCGAGCAGCCCGUGAAGUGCUCCGAGUGCAGCUACUCGUGCUCCAGCAAGGCGGCCCUCAAGGUGCACGAGCGCAUCCACGGCAAGGAGCGGCCCUUCAAGUGCGAGUUCUGCAGCUUCGACACCAAGCAGCGCAGCAACCUCACCACCCACGUCCGCAAGGCGCACGGCGACAAGGCCAAGGGCAAGAAGUCGGACGGGAAGGAAGGAGAGAGGCCGAGGCAGGGCGGCUCCAGGCAAGUCGCCAGGCUGGACGCCAAGAAGGCCUUCAAGUGCGACCUGUGCGAGGCGUCCUUCGUGCGGGAGGAUUCCCUGCGCAGCCACAAGAAGCAGCACAGCCUGUACGGCGGCUCCAAGAGCGGCGAGCUGGCCGUGCUGCAGCUCCAGAUGGACGCCGGCCGCCAGCCCGGCGCUCCCGUCGCCGUCGGCCACCUCCAGGUGCCGCUUCAGGCCGCUCCGGCGGCGUCGCCCUACAGCGAGGGGAGAGUCAAGAUCAUCGUGGGCCACCAGGUGCCUCAGGCCUCGGUGAACGUGGUGCCGCCCGCCCUGCUGGGCGCGGGGCAGGAGGAGGUGCUGGGCGCCGGCCGGCUGCAGCUGCUGGGCCAGGUGAGCGUGCUGGCCCCGGCGCCGGCCGCGGGGGCCGCGGGGGACGCGGGGGACGCGGGGCCAGAGCCGGCCGUGCUGCUGAGCGCCCCGGAGCAGGGCGAGGGCGGCGCCCUGCACCAGGCCCUGCUCCCCGGGGCCGGCCCCGGCCACGAGCCGCCCGCCGGCCAGGCCUUCAUCGCCGGCUCCGGCAUCAGCUGCUCCGACCUGGAGGGGCUCAACGCCCUCAUCCAGGAGGGAGCCGCCGAGGUGACGGUGGUCAGCGACGGCGGCCAGAGCAUCACCGUGUCCGCGGCCGCUCCUCCUCCUCCCAUCUUCUCGUCCUCCUCGCACGCCGAGGGCCCCAAGCAGAGCUAUUCCAUCAUCCAGAGCGGGGCUCACGCGGCCCUGCUGUGUCCCGCUGACUCCAUCCCCGAUUAGGCACCGGGACGGUGCUGAGCCCGGCAGGAGGGCACGGGGCACCACUGAACGCAGGAUUUGUCCUCCAGAGCCAAAUACCUUCCGCUUCCACGCUGUAUUUGUGCACCGAAGCAUCUCGUGUGUGAGGAGGAGGAUGUGUUUGUAUUUCUGUGUCUCUGCUGCAUCAGAGGCCCUGAUCCUUGUAAAACAGAAGCAGCUGUUGCCGGUGUCCCCAAGCGGUGACAUCCCCCCGGCAUGGCUCUUGAACUGUGCUGCCUGAGAGAAGGAACCCUCGCCCCGUGCUGAAUUACCUCCAGAGCAGCCCUGUUGUUGGAUGCACGCACAAAAAGACAAUAACCUGAGCCGUUCUGGGGUUUGUUUCACUGAGGUCUCUCAGUUCUGAGCUCUGUCUGCAUUCACUGCUCCUGGCUGAGCUCCAAGGAGCCCCCAGUGCUGGCUCUGCUCCAGCCCAGGUGAGGUUUGAGGCGCUGCUCCUCAGUACCUGCAGAAAUUGGUAGCACCUGGCACUUGAAAUGCUUGUGCAGAGACCUGGUGAUUGUUUUCAGAAAGCAAAAGAAUGUUAUCCCUGUCUCAGUAGUGACUAACUUUGUUAGAACAACACAAAUCAUCUCUGGCACGGUGGUGGCUGUCAGAGGUGCCUGUGAUUGAAAGAGAAAAACAACUGGAAAUAUAUUUUUUACAAACACUGCUUACCUUUUGUUUUUAUUUUGAUGCUGCCUGCUGGGAGUUGCAUGGGUGGUAAAGGUGCAUUACGGUUUGGGUCUUCAUUUAAAGGAAAAGAUUGAAUUUAAUUUAAAAUUUAAAAAAAAAUCUUCUUAUCCAAGGUCUGUCACUACAGCAGAAAUUCAGGUUGGAUCA